UCUCUCUCUGUGUGUGUGUGUGAGAGAGACUCCGAUGUGUGAACGAGGAUUUUCAGUUGAAUGUAACAGCUAGCGUGAUGAUGCUAAGCUAGCUGUCAGCCAGGCAUCCACUGGGGGAGGUUUUUUUUUUAAACUGCCGAGUGAGCUACCGGAUGUUCCCGGUCGUAUCCCACUGGCCGUCUUGACAUUCCCUCAACACUCCCGGACGAAUUCGUGUCGACUGACCAGAGUCCGCGAAUUCAGGUCCAUUCCUAAAUCUAACCUUUCCCUUCCCCCCGGGGCUAGCGGCAACUUAGCCCGCCGGCUAACGAGAGAACCGGACUGACGAGACUUCCACUUAAGGACCACACCCAGACAAGAUGUCCCUUCAUCAGUUUCUGUUGGAACCCAUCACCUGCCACGCGUGGAACCGCGACAGGACACAAAUUGCCAUCAGUCCUAACAACCAUGAAGUCCAUAUCUACAAGAAGAGUGGCAACCAGUGGGUUAAGACCCAUGAGCUGAAGGAGCACAAUGGACACAUAACAGGUAUUGACUGGGCUCCCAAAAGUGACCGUAUAGUGACGUGUGGAGCAGACCGUAAUGCCUACGUGUGGUCUCAGAAGGAAGGGGUGUGGAAGCCCACGCUGGUCAUCCUCAGGAUCAACCGAGCCGCCACCUUCGUCAAGUGGUCUCCACUGGAGAACAAGUUUGCAGUUGGUAGUGGUGCUCGACUCAUCUCUGUCUGCUACUUUGAGUCUGAGAAUGACUGGUGGGUGAGCAAGCACAUCAAGAAACCAAUCCGCUCAACCAUCCUCAGUCUGGACUGGCAUCCCAACAACAUCCUGCUGGCUGCUGGAUCCUGCGACUUCAAAUGCAGGGUGUUCUCAGCCUACAUUAAGGAGGUGGAAGAGAAACCAGGUCCCACACCCUGGGGCAGCAAGAUGCCAUUUGGGGCUGUGCUAGCAGAAUUUGGAGGAGCGGGUGGAGGGGGUUGGGUCCACUCUGUCUCUUUCUCAGCCUCUGGUAACCGUCUGGCCUGGGUCAGCCAUGACAGCACUGUCACUGUGGUGGACAGCUCUAAGACUACCAGUCCUUUACAGCUGAAGACGGAGUUCCUUCCUCUCCUCAGUGUCAUUUUUAUUUCAGAGAACAGUCUAGUAGCUGCGGGCCACGACUGUUGCCCCAUGCUGUUCCGUUGCGACGAUGGUGGUACGCUGACAUUUGUGUCAAAGCUCGACAUCCCCAAGCAGAGUAUCCAGAGGAACAUCUCUGCCAUGGAGCGCUUCAGGAACAUGGACAAGAGAGCCACCACCGAGGACCGCAACACUGCCCUGGACACACUGCACCAGAACAGCAUCACCCAAUUGUCUAUCUUUGAGGGAGACAAAAGGGAUUGUCGCAAGUUCUGCACCACAGGCAUCGAUGGAGCGAUGACCAUUUGGGACUUCAAGAGUCUAGAAGCUUCUAUCCAGGGUCUCCGCAUCAUGUGAAGAAAUCUUUUGAAUGAAUGAAGAGAUGCUGCGGCCUCACUUCUCCCCCUUGCCCCACCCUUUAGUCCUCCCUCCUCUCCCCCUUCCACUUUACCCCCCCUCCUCUCCUGCGACGCAGCCAGUAACAUGCAUAACUGACCACCUUAUUGAGUGUCUGCUGAAGCACUGAUCAGACCAUAACACACUCUUGUGGGUGUGUGCAAACACUCUCACACUAAAGUACACAUAUACACUACACACACACACACACACACACACUACACACACACACACACACACACACACACACUGAGCUGACGUGUGACAUCACUGUUGAUUUUUUUUUGUUUGUUUUUAAAUGAAGGUUAACCAGGUGUCAAAGUGGGAAGGUCCUCUGACACGUAUUAAAACGUGACGUGAAAUGUGUGUUUUUAUGUUCUCUAACCUCCUGUACCAAAAGUCGAACACUAAAAGGUGUGUUUUAUCCAAAAGUCAGACUGUAUUUCACCACAGACGAACCUUUGACAUGAUCUCCGAAUAUCAGUGUUUAGUAGAUCGGAGGACGUGAUGUUUUACUUCCUGGAGUGUAGUAAACAUUCUCCAGCAGGUGAAGUCAUUGUUUAGAUUCGGACCCGGGUUAUUGAUAUUCUGAGCUCAUGUUGCUGGUUGGCUGUAGAGAGCUGUACAGGAUCUGAUGGUGGAGAGAGAAAGCGGCUGUCCAGCACUAGACUCUGCAACUACUACACUAAAACCACACGAGAUGGAGGAUUUCUAUGUAACUGAUCAUGAGGUAGACAUGAAAUAAAGAUGAAGUACAUUUACAGUACACAAGUCA